AUGUCUGAUGCUUCGACUUCACAACUUCAACUUCCCGCGCCCCUUGUCGAUAUCAACUCGAUCACCCAUCCCACCGAAUCUUUACCACGGCCCUUACGGACGCUGAGGCGUAGCUUUGAACUACUCUCAGUCUCUUACUUUGUCUCGAUCUAUGGUCCAGCUAUUGGCUUUCCGGAAUUCAGCUUAAGAGACGAGCUCUUCUGCGGCUCACAGAAACUGGAAGAGGAUCUCGAUGGUACCCAGCCAGACUCCUACGUUCCCGGUCUGGCCGCCAGACUUCUAGUCCUUCUCACUGGCGACCGAUGUAUCAAUGCAAACAAUUGGGAAAGUAGAUUAAGGAAGGAAUACUCAAGACGAGAUCCCAUCGGAAAUCCGCUUGGCACGGAACCGCUGAAAAUGAAGCCACGUCAUUCGAAAAAAGCCGUUGGUUAUGUAUACAUUGCUGAGUAUAUAUAUGAUACUCCUGCUACCGCCAUCUCCCAAUCAGUGGGUGUCGAGGCUCAAAACAGUCUCUCGACACCAAUACCGACACAACCGACAUCAAGCAAAGCGGUAAAUGGCAGUAGUGAUAAAAACACCAGACUGGAGGUCGGUUCUUCUAUGAUUGAGUCGGACGAGGUCACUGCAGUAGGAUCAACAACCAUAAAGACAAUCACCUCCGAACCCAUGGCCAGUGCUCCUAUUCAAUUGGAAGAAGAAAGUAGACUAGAUGCCGUUCAAACCCAGACGGACGCAGACACAAGUCCUGUUACCCAAUCGGUAGAACAAGCGCCAACUGUUUCCGCAGAUCAGCUGCCGCAAAUUUCUUCACACAAUGAUAGCACACCAGCCGAGCUGACUUCAAGUGUCACACAAACACUCGGUAAUCAAGAUAAGCAGGACGGCAGUCUAGUGGCUCCUAAAGAAAUCAGCACCACUUCGAACGCUGUAUCUACGAUCGACGAGCCUAUCCAAUUGGUCGCAUCUGGCACCAACCCUGACGCUUUGCCAUCCCAUCUGACUACUAGAGAGGAUGAUGAACCGAUGCAUCUCGCCAUACCCUGGUCUGAGCUUUCACCACUCAUCAAACUUCGAACAUUAUUCAAGCUGUGUGAAUGGAACUUUGAGACUGCUCAUGACCUGGAUCGAUUUCGUCGAAUGAUCGAAGGGAAAGCUACCGGAUUCGCUGGUAUCAACGCUUUGAGCAGCACCUCCACUGACCCAGUUGAUUCUGGUGAUUGGAGACAGGAACGUUGUGGUGCGGACUCAAAUUCUUACUCCUACUGGUUUACGGGCCAGGGAAUAGAUGCUACCCUAUGGGUACAAAGACCAGAACCUAAACCCAGAACAAAGAUUACCCUUCGUCUCUCAUCCAACAAGGGCAAAGCUCGAGGUAAACAAACAAGAGCGUCAAACUCUCGAUCCAACAAACGAUCACUGGACAUGGCCGGUCCUGAGACCGCCCCAGGUCAGACUACAGAUUCCAACCCCAGGAAAGGGACGAGUCUCUCCAAUAACACACCCAAAUCGAAACGACCCCGACUGUCUGGAACACGCACAUCCAGUCGCUUGCGCAAGAGCUCAGGAGCAGACGAUUGGCAGACAGAUCCUCUUGAGCUUGACUCCGCUCGGUCUUCCCAUCUCAAUUCACCAUGUACCUUACCUACUUCUGCACGCCCACCGACCAUGAUAGUCAUCAAAAACGGCGCGCUCCCGACAGGAAAAUUCAAGACGCUGGAACGAAUUGUGACCGGUACCCGGGCAUCACCUAGACGACGGGUAGGAGAUGAUGAUGAAUGGCAAGAUGUCCCUGAGGGCUGGCUAGACGAGGUUGUGAUGAACACAGCGUCUCAGAAUACAAAACUCAAAGCUAAGGCUGCAACCCAAAAUCAAUCUUCCCGUUCACCCAAAUCCGCGUCUCAGUCUCACACGCCUCUUAACUCCAAACUCCCACCUAUGUCCGGCGCGCCAGCGUCCUCAGUCCUGUCUAGCGAGCUAUCGGAUGACUUGACUUCAGAGGAUGAGGCUCAACCGCCGAUCAAAAAGAAGCUUACAUCAACUGAAAUGACAGAAGCUGAUCCACAGUUGAAAGUGGGACCGGAUGAUGCAGCCCAUGUCGACAUCGCCUCUACAAAGACUGAUGUUGCGGAUGUACCUGAGACAAUUGAAGUGAAUGGCCAACAGCUCAAGGAACCUGAGGUCACAGUGCCCGAACUCGCCCAAGCUGACUCGGAUGUGAAGAUGGAAACUGAACCGAUGCCAAUUGCUCAUGUUCGCUUCGAGCUGGAUACAGCAAUGGAAGAAUCUAGCACUUUUGCUCCACCAGCAGCAGCCAAUGGAGACCAGCCUCCAGAAUCGGAAAGUUUACCCACUGAGCCUGUUGGAGUCGAGUCAGAUGUUAAGAUGGACGAUGGUACUAUCCAAAACCCGCAUAUCAAACCGAGCAUUGAUCAGACUAGCGAUGUGACUACGGUGCCUAUUGAAAGUGUUGAUCUGCACUCUAAAGACCCCGAUGCAGUCCCAACCGAGUCCCUGGAAGGCAACUCUACUCCCACAGUGAAUUGCACAGAGGAGCUCGCAGAAGAACGUAAGGAAGGAGAUACAACGAUGCUGAACCCCUCCACUAACCCAUCACACGAAACAGAAGUCCAAGUCAAGGCAGAUGAAGAUGAAAACGAUCCCGAUCAACUCAAAGGACAUCCUCUAGAUCCCGACUGGAUUGGAUGGGAAGUGGUUUGUUCGAGUUUGAGCGAAUGGCAGCAAUUUCCUCGACAAUUCGAGGGUACUCAGCAUCCAGAUGAGAUAGCAUUGAUCAACUUUGUCACUGAAGAGGUUCUACCCAUCUUGGUAAAAGCACAUCAGGAGCACGAAAAUCGCUUGAAGUUGGAGGAAGCUAUGGCACAACGUAAGCGAUCCAAUCGAAUAGCCACACGAGAGGUAGUACAAAUUUCAGCCGCCGAAGCCGCCAUCGCAGUUUCGGAGAGGGAGACCCGCCUGCACUCCGAAAGACUCGAAGCAAGGCGACUCAAAGAAAAGCAGGCUACCGAAGAUCGGUCACAGAAAGAAGAAGAUCACCGGCUGGUUCGAUUGAGGGAGCGCGAGGAGAGAAUUGCUCUCAGGGAGGCUCAGGCGUUAAUGGAGCGAGAAGCGGAGAAAAAGCGUGAAGAGCGAGCGAGAUUGCGCGCAGAAGCAAAAGUGUUGGGUUUAGCUGUGAAAGUAGCUAGAAGUGGUGCCGAAAAUAGUGUGUCACCGACGGAUGCUAGUGAGAGUUGGGAACUGGAUUGUGAGAUAUGCGGCGUCAUGGGGAAGAACAUGGAUGAUGGUAGUGAAGUCAUUUGCUGCGACAAGUGCGAAAAGUGGCAGCAUCUAGCAUGUCACGACAAUGCAGAUCAAAUCCGACGUCUACCGAAGCGAGAUUGGAGCAAGGCCGAUUUCGUCUGUUCAGCAUGUUCUGGAAUCCCAAUUCCCAGAUCGGUCAAACAUCUUCGCACACAUGUGAAUGGCAAGCCUAAACGGCCACGAAACAAAAAGCUGAAGGCGGAUGGUGUUGAAGGGGGUGCGAACGAUGUCACUCAAGCUAUACGUCCGAAGCCGCGUAUAACCUUAUUUGUGAACGAUCCUGACAAGCGCGGCGAGGGAUCUUUGAGCCAAGUGCAUCCCAAUAAGAACCUUGCUACUCCCAUGGCGUCCAAUAUCUCCCAACAACCUUCGCUUUCUCAAAUCGCCCAACCACUUGAUAAUAAACCAAUGAACGGACAUAUUGCUCCAGCUCUCACUAAUGGAUUUCAUCAGAACCCAAUAUUUUUCAAGGAAGAACUAUCUCCCAGUAUCAGUCCACAUAUCUCCCCAGCACUGACCGGUGUUCAACCAAGUCCUGUCCCUGCUUGUACUGGACUUGAACCUUAUUAUGAUGACCUUGAUAAACUUAUACCAAUCUUACGCGCAAAUGUUCAACUACAUCGAGUCUUACCAGUUUCAGUCAUGCAUCGUGUACGUCGAUACCUUAUCGAUCAACAACAGCGACGUCAAUCUACAACUGUUCCGAAUGGAUCCCCAAGCAAUUCAACACACCUUACACCUACUCCCAACGUCUUCUCUAUCCCACCAAAACCAAUGUUGCCACUUAUUGCACAAUUCAAUCCGUCCUUACCAGUUAACAUCGAACCGACCCAACCCCUACCACCUAUCGGUAGCGCUCUUCCUACGGCUGCUGAUUGGUAUGAUCAACAUCAUGUGAAAACUUCGACAACAUCGUUCGAAAGUUUUGUGGAUCCAAUCUUUGCUUCUUCAAUCAAACUAGAAUCAAGAGUUGAAUCAACAAUACCAAAAAAUGAAGAGAAAAAAGUAGAAGAAGUGGAUAAUGAAGUGGUCAAACCAGAAUUACAAAUUAUACCACCAACAUCAGUUGAUAAUCAUCAAUCUCAAAGUUUAAGUUUAUGA